UUCGAUACAGGCAAAAUGGUGCCAACAGUACCAUGGAUACGGCCCUCGGAGUACGUGAUCAAUCGCCUUGAAGCUUUCAAACAUGCUUCCUUACGGUUCUUUACACGCGAGGGACUAAAAGGCGCGGCAGGGCUAGUGGACUCGAAACAUGUCAAACUCGACUACGAUCUCUCUUUCAUCGAGUUCUUGAUCGCGAAGAACUAUUUCCUGGCUCAGCUCCAAUUGACCAAGUGGCCCGCCAGAGUUAUAGGUGCCUUCCAUCGAUUCUUUUUCUACAUAGAAACGCACGAGCUAUGA